CUGGAGGCACUUGGUUCGUUUUCAGUGAGAGAUUCAUCCGCUCGUAGCCAGCAUCCAGCUCCAGCAGGAGGAGAAUACCAAGCAGUACACAUUUAUUCAGCGCAAAACCUGUUGUGUUCACUUUUGGUUCAACAAGUGGUGGUGGUGGUGGUGUGGCGUGGCUGGUGCUUGGUCAGCUCAUACAGUCUCCGAUCGCUCUUUCGCGAGACAUAAUAUGCCAGUGAAUUUAGAAUGAUAUAAGCGCGAGUCUCAGUUCUAAGUGAAACAACCCCGUGAAAAACACCGCACUUGGACGGAAACUGUUUGGAUUUAACUGCGAGCGACAGCGGUGAGGAAAGAUGGCAGUGAUUGGGUUGGCGUCGGCGGUGGCCGGAUUUGUCAAGAUUCGCCACCUGGUCGACAAGGCCGUCAUCGACAACGCCAUUUUUCGCAUGCACUACAGAGUGACUUCGGCCAUUCUGUUCCUCAGCUGUGUCAUCGUCACCGCCAACAACCUGAUUGGCGACCCUAUCAACUGCAUUGGCGACGGCGCCAUCGACAGGCACGUCAUCAACACCUACUGCUGGAUCACUUACACCUUCACCAUGCCCAGCCACAGGGACAAACCCAUAGGAUCACACGUCGCCUAUCCGGGCGUGGGCCCCGUAAUUCCGGGAGAAGAGCCUAUCUAUCACUCAUACUAUCAGUGGGUGCCGUUUGUCCUUUUUUUCCAGGGCAUUCUUUUUUACGGGCCGCACUACAUCUGGAAGAACUAUGAGGACGGCAAAAUGCGCAUGUUGACCGAGGGCAUGCGAGGCCCCCUGUUCCACAACAUCAACUCGGAGGAGCGCAUAUCCCGGCAGAAAAAAGUGGCCUCUUACAUCACUGACUCGCUGCACACCAACAACUACUACUCGAGCUGGUACUUUUUGUGCGAGUUCUUGAAUUUUGUCAACGUGAUUGGCAACAUCUUUUUCGUGAACCGCUUCCUUGGUGGUGCUUUCCUUGAUUACGGCACAGACGUGCUCAGAUUCUCGGAACUGGACCAAGAAAACAGGACCGACCCCAUGAUCGCCGUCUUCCCCAGGGUCACCAAGUGCACUUUCCACAAAUACGGCCCUUCGGGCUCAAUUCAGCGCCACGACACCCUGUGCAUUUUGGCCCUGAACAUCUUGAACGAGAAGAUCUACAUCUUCCUCUGGUUCUGGUUCAUCAUUCUGGCCGUGUUCACCGCCAUUGCCAUUGUGUUGAGCGCCGCCGUCAUCCUGAUGCCCAACAUCCGCGAGGCGGUCAUCAGGCGCAAGUACAGGCCGCUCAACAACGCCAACAACGUGCCCACCCUGGUGCGUAAGACACAGCUCGGCGACUUCCUGAUCGUCUACCUGCUGGGCCAAAACGUGUCGGAAACGGUGUACUCGGAGGUGAUGGAAGAGGUGUGCCAGAAUUUGGAGAACAACAGCAACGGUCCGCCGCCGUCGGCGAUGCUCUCGGCCCCACCCACCGCUCCCCCUGGACUGGAAAUGUCCAAUUUGUACCCCACUGUAGAAAAACGCACUGAUGUCUAAUUUUGAUCAAAUCUGUCGUGGCCAUUUAUUUCAUAUUAAAAGGGCGCUGCUAUAUAGAAAUAAUAUUUUAAAUAUCAAAAAUUAUUCAGACGGCUGUCGUCUCGGAAAACUGACUGAUGUGUCCGGCCAGGCCAAUUGUCUUCGAUUAAAAUACCAACGGUGCAGUGCACUAGAGUAUAAAGAAUAAUCUAGGUAUAAUUGAUUUUUUUUUCGGUGAAGUAUAACCGAUUAUUUUAUUAAAAAAAAAAACUUAAAUUCAGUCUUCUUUUGUAGAGGCGUCGGCGUGCAAAGAGAAGUCUUCCAGUUGAUCUCAAAAUUCUGAUUUCGCACCAUUGACCAAAAUGAAGCUUUCAUUGUAAUCUUCAAACUGAUAUCAGUCAUUUUUCCGCGCGCAGCUCGCAAUCUUUUAAUAUUAUUUUCAGGCCGCUUGACGCAGUGCAAUUUUCAUUAGAGCUUCUUUUAUUUUGCGCUAAGCAAACGGCAUGAACUUAUACGUAAUUAGCGCCCAUGAUCAAUUUAGCCAGACGCGCAGCAUCUAAUUAACCCAAAUGGAGCUCUCGUUUUGUUUAUUUAACAAUCUCUCUUGUGUCUACUUCCCAAUCUGAAUAUAUAAGAGUUUCAACAAGUAAAUGCCAUUUCUGAUUAGCCGGUUCUCUUUCGUAUUAUUCGUAAAUUUGUUAUUUUUGUGUCGAUUUUUAAGUUAAAUUAAUUUUAGUAUUGAUUAGGCAAGAACUGCGAGUUGUGUUCACAAUCCUUUGGAGCUAAAGUAAAAUGAAUGUCGUCGUGUACAUAAAAAUAUGGAAGGAAAUUAAUCUGUACGUUUGGUGGGAAAGAAAUUUACGGUUGUUCGGCGCCAUUUCUCGCCAGACAACUCUAACGAAACGAUUGUGAUUUAGUGAUUAGAACGCGAAGUAAUAAUUGAAUAUCAUGUGCUUAGGUUAAAAUGUUUAAAUCGAGAGUAAAAAUCAAUCGA